AGAGAGUGAGAGAAAGAGAGUGAGAGAGAGAGAGAGUGAGAGAAAGAGAGUGAGAGAGAGAGAAAGAGAGUGAGAGAGAGAAAGAGAGAAGUGAUGUGUAUGUGUGUAGGGGAAGUGUCGACACCGGCACUGACCUCGCAUUUUAUUUAUUGACCGGGAAAGGACGAAAAGCAAAGUUGAAUUGCUGCGGAAUUUGAACUCAGGACGCAGGGAGCCAGGUCAGAUAGUGCAAAUCUUGUCCGACGCCUCCAUAACUGCCAGCUCGCGUCAAUCAACCGUCCAGCGUCCACCAAUCCACCAUUAGACGUACACAUACACAUACAUAUAUACAUUAAUGUUAUGCUUGUGUGCGAUGCCUUAUUUUAUUUCUUUAUUUUUUUUACUGAUCUAAAUAUAAUUUAAAUCCGGUUUGUGAAAACACUUUAUCGGGCAGCACUCCAGGAACUCAUUCACCCAUUUAUAGCCUAAGUGUUAGCAUAUCAUUGAAAGAAGGAAAACUUUCGAGCGAUUAAAGUGGGUGUUUGUUUUCUCAUAACACAAAUUUAAGAUGGAAAGUUUUGUUGGAAAAUGGGAACAAAUUGAUGAUGAAAUCCCCAACCAUGAUGCAUUUCUUAAUACUGCAGGAAUCAGUGAAGAUCGAAAAAAGAAAAUGAAAACAAAAUCAGUUAUAGAAUACCAGCCUUCUGGUUCACAGUGGAAACAUGUAGCUACUGACAAGAAGUCAAAAGCGUCGCAAAGUUAUUUGUUUGAACUUGGUGUCCCAGCGGUUGCAGAGGACUUGUAUGGACAUAAAUUCAAGGUUGUUACAAAUAUAGAAGAUAGAAACAAAAUGAAAGAGGUUUAUACAGAAUGGUGUGAUUUCGAUGUGAAUGUUGUCAGGGAAAUUUCAGGAAACGUUAUGCAUAUUACACUAACAGUGAAGGAUGUUAGCUGCAAAGUUACAUUUAAAAAAAUUGUAUAAUUACACUGAUGUUGGAAAAUUAAUAAAAGAUGAAGGACAUGUCCUAGUAAAUUAACCAAAAUACUAUUUCUUAUCAUUAUAAUGAACUUCUGUUUAGAGAGCAAAAUGUGAUGUAGCUUCCUUACUGACAAGUCUUCAUAGUAUAUACAUUUGAAACAAGAAUUUUUAAUGCAAUAAAAGGGCAAAUUAUUUUUGCGUGCAAAUACAAUCUA